UAAAUGGCUUUCAACGUGAGAGUUUUCUUCGAAUCUUCGGGGUGCUUGAGGUUUUGUAAAGUUCGCAAUAACUGAAGGGGAACGGAACUAUGGAAAAUGCAUAGCUCGCUCGCCUCCCGCUUGGUAGUGCGUCUCCUGCUGCUGUUCGUCCUGGUCAGUGCCGUGUCGAUUGUAAUACUGACCAAAUGCGGCAUAGACGAGCUCACGGCUCAGGAGGCGCUGCACCAUCAUCCCAGCGAAACCAGUGGCCCCAGUUAUGUCCUGGGCGGCGACCGUGAGGCGGAGAUUGAGCGCCUGAAGCAUGAGGUGCUCACCCUGCGUGCUCAAAUCGUCAUUCUUCAGAACAAUCGGAGUGGCCACGGUGGAGCGGCCUCCAAUGGCAGCCACCAUCUGCCAGAGACCACUGUGGGGCCGCCCUUGCCCCCACUGACGCACCACAGCUACGACUGCAGCAGCUACAUCCGGAAGCAGGUGGGUGCCGCCGAGAUCCUGCACGGCCUGCCCCUGAACAACGAGUACGAGCUGAUUCCCUUCAACCACUUCACCUUCACUCGCGUAUUCCCCAUCGACCUGGGCCUAGGCAAGCGGGUGGUUGAGAAGCCUAUUGGCUAUCGCCGCCGUGACCUCAUUGGGGCGGUCAACAAGGCGCUGGAAAGCCUCAACCGCAACCAUUCAGCACGGGUGCGUGCCAAGGCAGCUGGAGUGGGAGCUGCAUUGGACGUGAUCAAGUACACGCUGGACGACUUCAUUGAGGGCAUCUACCGCACCGAGCCCACGACGGGCACCCAGUACGAGCUCUACUUCCAGAGCGUAAAGCACCACACGAGUCCCGUGCGCCGGGCCCUGGUUAUGCGCCCGUUCGCCCCCCUCCAGACGGUGCAGUUGUCGGAGACUCCGGCCAGCCGCAGCCCCAGCUCCAGUCCGGCCGUAAUCCAUGUUAUAGUGCCGCUGGCCGGUCGGCUGCACAGCUUCCGUAGUUUUUUGCAGAUGUUCGCUAGUCUAGGGGAUCGGCAUCUCGAGCUGAUCGUCGUGUACUUUGGCGACAGUGGGCUAGCGCAGGCCAGGCAGAUGGCCGAGUUGUCAGAGAGAACACAGUUCCUCGCCCUGAACGAGACCUUCAGCAGAGCAAAGGCCCUGAGGCUGGGGGCGGAGCACAUUGUAUCCCCAUCGCCAGCGGAGGAUGUGCUGCUCUUCAUGUGCGACGUGGACAUCAUGUUCACGGCCAGGUUCCUGGAGCGCUGUCGCUGGAAUGCCGCGCCCGGCAAGAAGGUGUACUAUCCGGUGGUUUUCAGUCUGUAUAACCCGCACGUGGUGUACACGCUCCAGGGCAAGCCGCUGCCCAGCGAGGAAGAGCAGCUGGUCAUCUCCAAGGACACUGGGUUCUGGAGGGACUUUGGCUACGGCAUGACCUGCCAGUACCGCUCAAACUUCCUUCAGAUACGCGGCUUCGACGAGGAGGAGAUCGUCGGCUGGGGCGGCGAGGACGUGAUGCUCUACCGCAAGUACAUUCGAUCGAAGAUUAAGAUCAUCAGGGCCACCGAUCCGGGCAUCUUCCACCGCUGGCACACCAAGGUCUGUGCCAGCUCGCUGACUGCCGACCAGUACCGCGCCUGCAUCCGAUCGCGGGCUUUGAACGAGGCCUCCCAUGCCCAGCUCGGCUUCCUGGCCUUCCGGGAUGACAUAGCCGCCGCCAAUGCGGCCAAGCUGCAGUCGUGAUACAUUUACAUUUCCCAAGCGAUUUCCCUUGUCCUGGGGCUGCUACUUAAUCAACCUAAGGCAUACACUCUGUAAAAAAGGCCAGUGUGGAAAAUCCCAUACUUAUGGAACCUUUAAGUCUGCAAAGUGUAUUCCUAAGUAGUCCAGUUAUGAUCAUAUUUGGAUCAUAUAAAUCCACAAGAAAACUUAUAGGAUCGGGAAUGCUUCCUUCUCCGCGUAUCCCCUAAUUAUUGCAUUGUGCUGUACACGCAUACAUGAAUACAAAUAUGUAAAACUGGAGACAAUAACUCGUAUUUAGCGAAAUCGUUGACUUAGCUUAAUUGUUGAUCUUGUUGUUGCGCCCUCGAGAGUGCCACACACCCACACACAAACAAACACACACACACACACAUCACAAAUUGUUCUUCCAUGAAGCAAACUAGAUGCAAUCUCCAAAGCCCCAAGAUAUUUACCAUAUCGAAUCCGUAUCUCAUGUACUUUGUAACUUAAACUGAGCCCUAAACAGAUCUGCCAGAGUGCUGCCCGCUUUGUAAAAACUAAAUUAAAUCGUUUAAUUAAA